CAUACCGUGAUUUCCCACAUGCCAAUCGGCCAUCAAGAAUGGUCAAAGGAUCAUUCUUUCUAACCUUUUCCCGAACUUAUGAACUGCUGGUUUCUCAUUUCGUAUACAGGUUCUGCAUGGAUGGUGCUUUCUCGGCCAUUCAUCGAUUACACAAUCUGGGGUUGGGACAAUUUGCCUCGAACAACCCUAAUGUACUACUCAAACUUCAUAUCAUCCCCAGAAGGCUACUUCCACACAGUCAUCUGCAACGCCCUCGAGUUCCGCAACACAACUGUAAAUAGUGACCUCCACUUCAUCGCGUGGGACAACCCUCCGAAGCAACAUCCUCACCACCUGACUAUCGCUGACAUGGACAAAAUGGUUGAGAGUAACGCCCCAUUUGCUCGGAAGUUCAGGCAGGAUGAUCCUGUCCUCGACAGAGUAGACUCAGAGCUCCUGUCAAGAGGUCCCGGCAUGUUCACCCCUGGUGGCUGGUGCAUUGGGAGUCGAGGGGAGAACGGAACUGAUCCCUGCUCCAUCAUCGGUAACACCACAGUUGUCAGACCGGGCCCUGGAGCGAAAAGACUGGAAACGCUGAUUGGAUCUCUCCUAUCCACUGAGAAUUUCCGACCAAGGCAGUGCAAAUGAUGAAAAAAGAAAAGAGUUUGAUAGCAUUUAUCAAGCAUGUCAGCAUACUGGGUACGGGGAACGAACGGUAAGAUGAAGCUGAAUGUACACUCGAAUUCACGGUGUUAUACAUGGUGAUGGAAGGCUAUGGCGAGAAGGAACUAGGAAGAUACAGCUGGGAUUUACUUCUGCACAUUGAUUAUCACGGUAAAAACCCAUUCAUACCCUGUUACUAGUCACCCCUAGAACUUGUUUCUUUUUUUGGUUUUCGGUGUGGAAUUAGUGAUAUCUUCCAUGUUCAAGGUCAUUUCCUCCCCCUGUAACAUUAGCAAUGAAAAUCGAGAUUGAUGCUGAAUGAAAAUGAAUAGGUCCAGAAAGAGGAAGGGUUCUAAUGUAAGGUCUGUCACUGUACUGGCAUGUUACUACAUACACAUCUUGGUUGGUAAUUCGUUUGCCAGAAAUUGCAGGCUGGAAUUCUAUCCUCUUUUUGUGUCUUUAUCUAUCCUCCAUCCCAAACGCGCACGCACCAUGGCAAGGCUGCGGGCAGUUGUUGUAGUUUAGAGGGUUAAGCUGAUUUGCAGGAAGUGCAUCAGCGGGAAUCUAGGCACAGCUGAACCAGAGAUUGAGGUCACGGGUUGUAGUAGCAUACAAAACAAACUGUUUCCUUUCUA